AUGAUUGUAAAGAUGAAAGAACAGAUACAAUUUCCCAACUACUUCAAAAAACAGGACCAACAACCAGUAGCAGAUAUUAGUGGAGCCUGGGGGUACCGGGCCACUACUCUGAUUCUGACACCUAAUUUCCUUAGCCCGUCUUUCUUGCCCUUCAUCAUCGUUAUCUGCAAAUCUCCAUUAAACAAGAAAAGAGCCAGAACAAACAAAAGAACCCUAAUUAUUUCUAAAUCCGCAACUCAAGACGAGUGGCUCAAGAGUUUACCCGACAAGAAGAAGCCAUUAUACUCACACAGCUUACCUUGCGUCGAGGCGUGGUUGAAGCAAUUAGGGUUUUUUCAGAGCAACGACGAUAGAGCUGUUUGGUUUAUUGAAAAACCAGAUUGGCAUGCGAAGCUCUCUCUUGAUGUCACAGACCUUUAUAUCAGGUAUCUAAAGAGUGGGCCUGGAAAUCUGGAUAAAGAUAUGGAGAGAAGAUUCAGUUAUGCAUUAAGCAGAGAAGAUAUCGAGAAUGCUAUACUUGGAGGACCUUGAUCUAGUUGAAAAUUUGAUUCCAUAAUUUCUGAGCUUUUAGUUGUUUGCAGAUCAUUAAUUGUCUGUUCAUUGGGUUGAAUGAAUAAUUAUUUGUUUAUGGUUGCUGAAACAUGAGAAGUCAUGGCAUUACAUCAAUUCAGAUUUGAGAUUCCCAUAACAAAGAAAUGUUACAUAAAUGAC